AUGAGCCAGGCCAGGCCUCGCUAUGCCAUCGAGCGUCCUGCCUACUCUGUCAACCUCUUCGACGAGGAGUUUGAGAAGAAAACCAGAACUUACCCUGUCGGGGAGAAACUGAGAAACCUUUUCAGAUGUUCAGCUUCCAGGUUCAAGCUCAGCCUCUUCCGCCUGUUCCCAAUCCUGGCGUGGCUUCCCAAGUACAGAAUCAAGGAUUACAUCCUGCCCGAUGUGCUGGGUGGGCUCAGUGCGGGGACAAUCCAAGUGCCACAAGGGAUGGCCUUUGCUCUCCUGGCCAAUCUGCCUCCUGUCAACGGGCUCUACUCCUCCUUCUUCCCCCUGCUCACCUACUUCUUCCUCGGGGGCAUCCAUCAGAUGGUGCCAGGGACGUUUGCUGUCAUCAGCAUUAUUGUUGGCAACAUCUGCAAUGAGCUGGCUCCAGAGUCGGACUUCCAGUACUUCAACCACACCACCAACGAGACCAGUGUGAACACCACAGCCCUGGAGGCAGCCAGGCUGGAGAUCUCUGCCACCCUGGCCUGCCUGACAGCCAUCAUACAGCUGUGCCUGGGCUUUCUGCAGUUUGGCUUCGUGGCCAUCUACCUGUCCGAGUCCUUCAUCAGGGGUUUCAUGACGGCAGCAGGGCUGCAGAUCCUCAUCUCCGUGCUCAAGUACGUCUUCGGCUUGACAGUCCCGUCUUACACCGGGCCCUUAGCUAUCGUCUACACAUUCAUUGACAUUUGUAAAGGUCUGCCCCAAACCAACCUGGCCUCCCUGGUCUAUGCCUUGGUCAGUGCUGUGCUCCUGAUCAUUGUCAAGGAGCUCAACCUCAAGUACAUGAAGAAGAUCCGGAUGCCCAUCCCGAUGGAGAUCAUCAUCGUGAUCGUGGCCACUGCAAUCUCAGGCAGCUUCAGCAUGCCCGACAAGUACGGAAUGCCAAUAGUGGGGAAGAUCAGCAUGGGGUUCCCAGAGCCCACCCUGCCCCUGGUGAGCAAGUGGAAGGACAUGGUGGGCACGGCUUUCUCGCUUGCCAUCGUGGGCUACGUGAUCAACCUGGCCAUGGGGAGGACCUUGGCAGCCAAGCAUGGCUACGAUGUGGACCCCAACCAGGAAAUGCUGGCCUUGGGAUGCAGCAACUUCUUUGGAUCCUUCUUCAAAAUCCACGUGAUCUGCUGUGCUCUCUCUGUCACCCUCGCCGUGGAUGGGGCAGGAGCGAAAUCCCAAGUGGCAAGUUUCUUUGUGGCUCUGGUGGUCAUGGUGACCAUGCUGUCCCUGGGAGUCUACCUCGAGCCUCUUCCAAAGUCUGUGCUGGGAGCCCUCAUCGCUGUGAACCUGAAAAACUCCCUCAAGCAGCUGGCUGACCCCUUCUACCUGUGGAAGAAGAGCAAGCUGGACUGUCUGGUCUGGCUCGUGAGCUUCCUCUCCGCUUUCUUCCUGAGCCUCCCCUAUGGAGUGGCGGUGGGCGUGGGAUUCUCCGUGCUCGUUGUGGUUUUCCACACUCAGUUCCGCAACGGCUCUGCCCUGGGCCAGGUGAUUUCCACGGACAUCUACAAGAACCCCAAAACCUACAACAAGGUCCAUGAAAUUAAUGGGAUUAAAAUCAUCACCUACUGCUCGCCGCUGUAUUUCGCCAACUCAGAGAUAUUCCGGGAGAAAAUCAUAGCCAAGACAGGGGUGGAUCCUGGCAAGGUGUACUUGGCCAGGAGGAAAUUUGUGAAACGGCAGACAAAGGGCACAGCAGAACCACCAGCAAAGCUUCCAAAAUUCCUGCUGAAGGAGAGCAAGACCUUGUCUUUGCAAGAGCUCCAGAAGGACUUUGAGAGCGCCUCUCCCACAGACACCAACAACAACCAGACCACUGCAAACGGUGCCAGCAUCUCCUACAUCACAUUCCACCCUCCUGCCCACGGGGCUGGGCCAGGGCAGAGCCCCGGGGAGCUGGGCAGCACCACCCUGCAGGACAGCACCGACCCUGUGCUGGCAGCACCGCCCUUCAUCAGCUUCCACACCAUCAUCCUGGACAUGAGUGGGGUGUGUUUUGUGGACCUGAUGGGCACAAAAGCGCUCAGCAAGUUGUGUUCCAGUUACCAGAAGAUUGGGAUUAAAGUGUUCUUGGCAAACGUGCAUGCCCAGGUCUACAAUGACAUCAGCACAGGGGGAGUCUUUGAGGAAGGAGGCCUGGACCGAAGUCACAUCUUCCUGACCAUCCACGAUGCUGUUUUGUUUGCACUGGCCAGUAUCAGAGAAUUUGUCCACCCACCCAUCUUGGAAGAGAGGCCGACCCAGACAGAGCUCUCCAUCUAUGAUGAGUCUGUGGAUGAGAGCAGUGCAGAGUACAAGAACCUGGAGGAGGAGAUGUUUGGAAGCAUGUUCCACUCAGAGACCCAGACAGCUCUGUGA